GCAAUAAUUUUUUAUAUUCAGCUUCAGUGAAACAGUAACUUUGAUUUACAAACAAUGGCGUCUGAUAAACUGGCUAUUCUGGAUCCGCCCCUGGCAAAACUAUUCUUGAACACUGACUUGCGUGUCUAAAAAUUGCAAUUAUAUCUUAAUUCUUGGCUGCUUCCAAGAUAUUUUUCAUGUCGUUUUGGUGUGUGUGGAUAUAAUCAAUAUUUCAAAGUUGCACCCAUAUUAUCUAAUAAUUGAAUGAAUAUACUUACAGAUAUAGUGAAUGCCCAAAGAAACGAAAAGGCAUGACAGGCAGAGAAGUGUUUAAAAUCUUCUGUGUUAUGGCAUUGGUGUGGCUGACAACAUUUCUGUACAUGGCCAUGCAUCUUUAUGAGCUGGCACAAGAUUCACAAAAGACGUCAGAGACGUUUGCAGAGCCAAGAAAAAAGGCAGCAAUAGAAGGCAAGGAACGUUUGCAUAAAGAAUCAAAGAACAAGAGCAGAAGGCCAAUUAUUGCUGCCACCGGUAUCACCCUUGAAUCAAGCCACAAAAUCGGUAAGAAGCACGAUAAACCAAAAUUUAUUACCAAAUUCAAAAAUAACAAUUUUUAUAGAGCACCCAGUAUCGAGUAUGAAAUUUCUAGACGUAGAAUAGACAAUUAUGUCAGAGAAAUGAAUUAUCUUCUUACUGAUAAAUUCGAAAAGCUUAAGAACAAGGCAGGUGAUGUUUUUAUGCAGUAUGGUUUUGAAAAAUUCAAAACAGAGGUUGAACAGUUAUCAUUACAUACAAUUCAUGAAUUAGAGAUUCUUAGAGAUCUUGACGGCAUGGGCACUUAUAGAGAAACUAUGCACAGAAAACUGUCAAAUGAAGUACGACAAAGACUCAAUAAACUGCAAAACCCCGAUGAUUGCAAAAAGGCACGCAGGCUAGUUUGCACUUUAAACAAGGCUUGUGGAUAUGGUUGCCAAGUACAUCACAUAAUUUACUGUAUGAUAAUGGCAUAUAGCUCGAAUAGGACCAUGGUUAUAAACUCACGAGGCUGGAGAUAUUCAAAGAAAGGAUGGGAAGGGACAUUCUUGCCUGUGAGUGAAUCAUGUCGUAAUGUUAGCUUUGGUGUCGAAUACUUGGGUAUUGCCUACAAUACCAAAGCUUUGAUCGCCAGUCUGCCUAUUAUUGACACCAUCUACCCGAAGCCAGACCAGCUUCCACAGGCAGUUCCACGUGACUUAGUAGACAGAAUUAUCCCGUUCAAUGACAGGCCAUUUGUUUGGUGGGUUGGUCAGAUCUGUGCUUAUCUAUUUCGAUAUCAACCUUUAAUGAAAGAAAGGAUCAAUGAAAAGAAGAGAAGAAUUGGUUUCAAGUCACCUAUUGUUGGGAUUCAUGUCAGAAGAACUGAUAAAAUCAAUGUAGAGGCAGCACAUCAUGACAUUGACGAAUACAUAAAAUGGGCUAGAAGAUAUUUUAAAAAGCUGGAACUGAAGAUGAAGCUGGAUGCCAAGAGGAUAUAUAUGGCAACGGAUGACAAAAACCUUCUAACUGAAGCAAAACAAAAGUAUCCAGACAUCACGUUUGUUAGUGACAAUACCGCCUCGGUCUUUGCUGGUCUGGACCACAGGUACAGUGAGCAAUCUCUGUAUGGUGUCAUAUCGGACAUCGAGUUGCUUUCAGAAUCAGAUUACGUUGUUUGCACCUUUUCAUCUCAGGUAUGCAGACUGGCAUAUGAGAUUAUGAACGGAAAGCACGUUGAUGCAUCGAGAAGAUUUCAGUCUUUAGACGACGUUUACUACUUUGGUGGUCAAAAUGAGCAUAAAGUGAGGGUGAAAAUCGCUCAUAAGGCAAGAGACAAGAGUGAACUUGACCUGACAGCUGAUGAAGAGCUUGCCAUUGCAGGAAAUCAUUGGGAUGGUUAUUCAAAAGCCUUUUCACACUCUAGGGGUAAGAAAGGGACUUUUCCAUCCUAUAAAGUAGAAGAGAUUGUGAAUUUGGCAGAUUUUCCUAUUUAUGAUUAAUAAAAAUUGGUUUCAUGUAAUGAUUAGUAAAUAAUGACCUUCUUCUCAACAAGUAUUUAUUUACUUUGACUGUCCAAAUGUGCCGAUAACCAUAGCAUGCUGUUUUUUCUAUGUCUACCUUGGUCAUUCGGCUCAACAGCAUAUACAAUAACGCAUCAUAGAAAAUAAUUGUAUGUUUAACAUUUGAUAUCAGAUGUGCUUUAAUGAUAAUUAUUUUACGAACAUUUACCAGGUAUUUAGCUUUUAACUUUUUUUAUUUCUCCACUUUUUGCUAAAAUAUUGAGAUAUUUUGUUAUUUAAAAACGAAACUGAAAUAGUACCUAAUAUGACGUCACAUAAUUUACUCAAAAAAUAGGCAUGCCCUCCUGAUACUUUGACUUGUUCGAUCGAACGACACCCCCUGUCAAAGACUGAAUCGACUAAAUCGCAUGAUACCUCCGUGCAGACAGAUCCUAUGUGAUUGUGUUGAAUUGAAUUUUACCGCUUUCACUUUCUUAUUUGCUAAUGGCUUACACAUGCUAUUAGGACUGACACUUUGUGGUUGAAACUGGAUCUUUAAGAUGUGAGUUUACAAUUAUCCCGUUAAUCUCGCAUCAAUGUAACUUAUACUAAUUUAUCUUGAAAUACAUACUGGUGGCUGAGAUAUAUUUGGUUAUAUUAAGAGGAAGCAAAAAUUAAAUUUUUCCCAUCGCUUUGUGUGUUACUCUAUUUUUACGAAAGCAAAUGAUAUUCCCCCUGUUAAGUACUUUUCUAAAAAACUCUCAUUUCUGAGCUUUCCAGAGGUAUCCAUUCUUCCUUUCUUUAUUAUUAGCACUGCUAGUGUAACCUGAUAAUCUAUGAUUUUAGCUUUUUUCAAAUAGUCCCAUACCUUUCAAAUAUGUCCCCCAAUAGUGUGAGAUCUAUUAUCUAACCUAAUAGCUUAAUAAUUUAUAUUGCACUUUCUGUCCUUAUGGUUCCCCUUUUUUGAAUGUGUGAGAAACAGAGACGCCGAUAGACCUAUAUGGUAGCAGUGUGGGAGUGGGGGCAAAUCACCGAAAAAGGGACAAAAAAUAGCAAAAUAAAGAAAAUUGCCUAAUGUUGCUACAACAAAGCGUUCCAUUCUUAGCGAGAAAUCUGGUCCCAGUUUGUAAAAGGUGCAGAAAAUGCACCCGAAAAAAAGGAAUACUUCUAUACUUAAGGUUUUCAAACAUAUACACAGGAACAAACACCCCCUUCGGUUUUUUGCCUCCCAAGAGGUAUUUCAUUGACUAUCUUCCAUAAAACACACAUUACGCAAAAUUGAUUUUUGCACUUCAGAUGAACAAUGAGUGGUCCUGCAGCAGUAAAGCACUAGAUUUUUUGUGCUCUUCAAUUUUGCAUUGUUUGUAUGAGUGUAUUGCUCAAAGUUCGUUGUUCCCCUCGCAUAAAUGCUAUUCUUCUGGGGCAUAUGUUAUUGAUAUAUACUCUCUAGGGGUGCAUGCAAAUAUAGUAGGUUAGCAUCACUCAUUGCUGCUGUACAUACGUUGCUACUGCAAACAUGUUUUACAACUAAUUUGGCCGUGAGUACCGUAAAUUUUAUCAUUGAUCCUGCUUGCUCAGAUAAUUACUUAAUAAUUUUAGCUGGCUUGUAUAAAAACAUUCUUAUUUAUACUAUCUAUAGAACAAAUUUGAAAACUAAGCACUUGAUAUAGUUGUAGUUUGUCAAUUCUUUAUACGUAACUAAUUAUCAACUUUAUACUUUAACAUUUAGUUAACCAUACUUAUUACUGAAGCCUUGCAUUCGUUUUGUCGGUUAACCUGAGUCUCGAAAUUUGAUGCACUGAAGCUGUAGUGCAUCAGAGGUUUUGCCAAAAUCGACCAUCUUAUGGAAUCUGAACUACGCAUGUACGUCGACUUAUUUCUACUUUGCUUGUACAUUUAACAAUAGAAGCUAUUUAACUUAGGCCAUAACUGCACAAAAACGUUCCAGCACAGGCUGACCUUGCAACCAUACGAGUCUUCAUAUCAAGAUUUUGAACCUAUUCUUUGGAAAAAGCAUUGUUUGAAUGAAUAUUUUCUAAUGCAUCUAAUGCACUUAAAUAUACGGGCAGAAAGCUAUUUUAUGAUUCAAGCCGAUUUUCUGGUGUCAUUGUUAUAUGUUUUAGCGUGUAAAACAUAAGCAGUUAGAUGGAUUUCUUCAAAUCGGGUAAAUUUUAAAACAACUCUUUUUAAUAUG